AUGCGAGAGUCGGUACUCACUGGGAGUCUUGUGAACUCCGCACUCUGCAACUCUCUGACGUUUCCUUCCAACAAUGGCUUGAGGACGACGGUCCUUGAUAUUGACGCAGCCGAAGAAUUCGACUCUCUGCGAAGAGACGCGUCCAGAAACUCGCUCAGCAACGCGUCAACUCCGCUUCCACUUAGUUGUUCUUCGUCCAUCCUCCUCAUCAUUAAUCCUAUUACAGUGACCGAAUCAAAACCGCCAGUGUCCUGCACCAGUCUUUCUUGCCAGAACAAUGACAUCAACAACUGCAAGCUAUCCGUUGUGAUUGCAGAUGAGUCACACUUUUGAAAAAAUGCUCAAGCAAAAAGAAACGUGCCUGCCUUUCCUGUCAUAAAGAGGGCUCAAUACGCAAUAUUGUUGAGUGGUACUCCUGCUUUGUCCCGACCGAUUGAACUAUUUAAGCAGCUUGAAGCCUUGUAUCCUGAUGUAUACAAAAGUGUUCACGAAUAUGGUAAUCGAUAUUGCAAGGGGAGAACGUUUGGAUUGUAUCAAGGUGCAUGUAACCAUGAAGAAUUGCAUAAUUUGAUGAAGGCAACAGUGAUGAUUCGCAGACUAAAAAAUGAUGUUCUUUCUGAGCUUCCUGUGAAGCGUAGGCAACAGGUCUUUUUGGAUUUGGCUGAAAAGGACAUGAAACAAAUCAAUGCUUUAUUCCGGGAGUUGGAAGUGGUAAAAGGGAAAAUUAAGGCCUGCCAAUCCAAAGAAGAGGUUGAUUCACUUAAGUUUACUGAGAGAAUCUUAUUAAUAAAGAUUUAUACUGAUUCUGCUGAGGCUAAGAUCCCUGCAGUUUUGGAUUACCUGGGAACUGUCAUUGAGGCAGGCUGCAAGUUUCUAGUAUUUGCACACCAUCAGUCCAUGAUUGAUUCGAUAUAUCAGUUUCUUCUGAAAAAGAAAGUGGGUUGCAUUCGAAUUGAUGGAAGUAUCCCUACUGUUGCGAGGCAAGCUUAUGUUACAGAAUUUCAAGAAAAAGAUUCUAUCAAGGCAGCAGUGCUAUCUAUUAAAGCUGGAGGCGUUGGAUUAACUUUGACAGCUGCAAGCACUGUUAUUUUUGCAGAAUUGUCAUGGACUCCUGGCGACCUAAUUCAAGCUGAAGAUCGUGCUCAUAGAAUAGGCCAGGUGGCUUCGGUCAAUAUAUAUUACCUUCUGGCAAACGAUACAGUUGAUGACAUCAUAUGGGAUGUUGUUCAGAGCAAGUUGGAAAAUCUGGGACAGAUGCUCGAUGGCCAGGAGAAUACUAUGGAAGUUGCAGCCAGCCAGACCCGAAUCACCCCUGCAAGCCAGCCGCGAAGCAGCCCUGCAAAGCAAAAACUUGCAUUCAGCCAACCGGGAAGCAGUCCAUCAAAGCAGAAAACACUCGACUCUUACAUGAAGCGUUGCAACAGCAGGGAAGACCCCAAAAGUCAGCCUAAGUUCAAAACCCAAAGGCCCUGAAUGAAGGCUAUGCUGUACAAAAUGUUAAUUUUGCCUGUUUGAAAUGCGUUGAAAGCACAAUAUCGAAGCCAAACUAGUAAUGUGAAGGGUUCUCUUCCCGUUCGAGGUUCAUCCUUUAACUCACCUGUGUAAGAUGUCUGGAAAGAGGUUUUGCCAAGUUGUCUGCAACUGCAACAAAGAGCGUUGAAGAAUUAUAUCGAAAGUUCCGACUGGGAUUUUCCUAUGUUCACUUAUUGUUUGCACGCGCUACUAUAUAUUGAAGAUCCUAACUGGUUCUGGGCUUGUUUCGGUUAAUGUAAUGUGUAGGAGUAGUUCUGUUUACACCCAAUGCAUACAAGCUUGUUUCUGCAUGUUUACAAUCCAGAUUUGCACGUUUUGGUAGCAUAACUUGUUUCGGCCAUCGAGACCAAUUGGAUCCUUAUUUUGUUAGG